AUGCACCGGCAGCUGCAUCGAUUCCGCGCACUUGUGCCGCUUGCCGCCGCAGCGUGGGCGGCACCGCCUCCCGCCCGCAACGAGUCCAUCAACGAUCGCUACGCCGUCGGCAAGCAGCUCGGCGUCGGCGGCUUCUCGGUCGUCAAGGCCGCACGUGACAAGACCACGGGCGCUGACGUCGCGGCCAAGUUUUUCGACAUGAAGAGCGCGUCCAUCGAUGAGAUCGAGGCCGAGAUUGCAAUGCUGCGCUCGAUCGGACAGCACGCCAACAUCGUGUCGCUCCGAGAUGUCAUUUACGAGCCAACGCGCAUCAUCAUGAUCAUGGAUCUUGUCCGAGGCGGCGAGCUCUUCGACUAUAUCGUGGAAAAGGGCUCCAUGACCGAGGCCGACGCGAGUCGCAUCCUGCGCGACGUCUGCUUGGCACUGGACCAUCUGCACCACCGCGGUGUCUGUCACCGCGAUCUCAAGCCCGAGAAUCUCCUUCUGACCGACACGUCGUCACAUCCAGGCAUCAAGAUUGCGGACUUUGGGCUAAGUCGGCGGCAACAGAUGGGACAGUCGAUUGUCGAAGACUGCCCCACCGGCACCAUGGUGUAUUGGGCCCCCGAGAUUAUCAAGCGCGCGCCGCAGGACGUCGGUGUCGACAUGUGGGCCUUUGGCGUCUUGCUCUACAUUACGCUUACGGGCAUUCACCCGUUUGAUCCCAAAGGCAAUGCGUCUGAUGCGCAGAUCCUCGCGCUUGCGGCCAAAGGCGCUUACGACACGGGCAACCCGUGGUAUAGUAACCUCUCCGCGCCAGCCAAAGACCUCAUUGCGCACCUCCUUGAAUUGGACCCGAAGCGGCGCUACACGGCCGCGCAAGCGCUCGCACACCCAUGGAUGCUCCAUCGCGACGGCACGACGCCUCUCUCCGACGGCCUCACGUCGCGCUUGCAGGCGUACCGCCGCCUCCAAAAGCUCCGGGCCAACAUCCUCACGGUGAUUUUAAGCCAAACCAAGCUCAACGUCGCGAGUCUCCCGCUGUCGUCGCCAUCGCGCCUUCUCGUGCGGCGUGCACGCACGGCCAACAUUGACAUGUACAUGGAGGUCUUUCUCGUCUUCGACAAGGACGGCAAUGGCUUUGUCUCGCGCUCGGAACUCGGCGCCGCGCUCCAGUCUCUUGGGCAGCGCCUCACCGAGCGCGAGAUUGACGCGAUCAUGGGCAUGGCCGACGUCGACGGCGACGGCGGCAUCUCGUUCGACGAGUUUGUGAGCAUGAUGAACUCGAGCUUGUUCAAGUGGGGUGCUGUCGACGAGACCGAUAUGCACGUGGCCUUCGAGAUCUUUGACACGAACCACGACGGCUUCAUCUCGGCCGACGAGCUAGCGUACGUGGUGAGUCUCUUCGGGAACGCGACGCCCAUGUCGGAAGCCGAGGUGCUCGACCUCAUGCGUGCGAUCGAUGCGAACGGCGAUGGCAAGAUUGACUACACGGAGUUUGCGGCACUCAUGGGCAGUAUGCUCAAGCAAAACGACUAAGUUGCAUGCUUUUUGAACACCAAAUAUGUCGAUACCA